AUGGCCUCUCUUCAGCUCGAUUCUACCGUGGCAGUCCUCUGCCUCGUCUUCCUAGUUUCUUGCAUCUUCCUCGUUGCUAGAAGCCGCAAGGACGGCGCGCGCGGAUCACCGCCACCUUCGCCUCCGGCGCUGCCCGUCAUCGGCAACCUGCACGAGCUCGGCCGGGGACGCCACCACCGGAGGCUGCAAGCUCUCGCGCGGAGCUACGGCCCGCUCUUCCUCCUCCGCCUCGGCUCCGUUCCCACCGUCGUGGUCUCCUCGCCCUCCCUGGCCGAGGCCGUGCUCAAAACCCAGGACCACGCCUUCUGCAGCCGGCCGCAGCCGCGCACGGCCCACGGCACUCUCUACGGCUGCCACGACAUGGCCUUCAGCCCCUACGGCGAGCGCUGGCGCCAGCUCCGCCGCAUCGCCGUCCUGCACCUCCUCAGCGCGAAGCGGGUCGACUCUUUCCGCUCCCUCCGCCAACAGGAGGUCAUGGGCUUCGUGGAGCGGAUCCGCGCCGGCGCCCGGGAGGGAGCCGUCAACGUGACCGAGCUCGUCAUCAGCCUGACCAACACCGUCAUCUCCAAGGCGGCGUUCGGGAACAGGCUCGGCGGCGUCGAGCCGGGGGUGGUGUGGUCCGCCACAUGA